GGUCCUACCCCUCGCCGUCUCCUCAUUGGUUGGACGAUCCGGCGGUUCUUUCUCACCAAAAUGCCCGAGUCGCUGUUGGCAGAGAGAUCACGGUCACUGCGGCUGAUGGCUCCAGGGUGCGACUACGGCAUGCAGUUCCUUUAUUCAGCUGUCCUAGUCGCUGGCAAGCAUUCUGGCUCACGUUCUUCCUUGAUUGACACAAGUGUCGAGGACAUUUUGAUUGCAUUUUUCCGUCUAGCGAAUCUGGAAACCACCAGAUUUCCUCUCCAAUGGUAUGCUAUUGAAAAUGCACUCAAACGCUCACAUUCACGGGCAAUACAAGUGGCCUUGAGGCGGCAGCAGGCCGAGCAGCAAGACUAUGACAGUGAUCCCAAUAGAGAGAAGCCACUGGAAAUCACCGUACCUGAGUUUACUUGGUUGCUAGGUCAGCAGGUGAGAGAAUCAGAGUGGUUUUUUGAUGGGAACACAUUUCAUAAACGAGGAGAUUGCUCAAUCCCUGAAAAGCUAAACGACCAUCAUUUGGGAUUCAUGAAGAGCCUGCCAUUCAAUGUACUUAGAGUUGCCCGCGGAAUCGAAAGAGAAGAACCAAGCAAGACAGUGGCGCACCUUCUCGACGAACUCGCGCAGCGCGGCAUCAAAACGGCGAGCGCCUUUCUUCUUAAAACAAAUUUUUUGGAUAUACUGGUUUCCACCAGUGUGAUUGAUGAGACAUUUCUGCAGCUGGAUAUUUUGUCAGAGUACAUCUCGAACUGGGAAGCGUUUAAAUCAAAAAAAGUUGUUCCUCCUUCUAUUCCCUUUGGAGCUUCCACCGACAUCUUGAAGACCCUUAUGAACAAGAAGUCACCGAAAGAGAAGUACCCAAAGUGCCCCACUAUGAGGUGCUACGUUGAAAGUGUCUGGACUCAGAGAGCAGAGCACCCCCUAGACAAGGAUGCGAGACAGAAACAGGAGGAGGAAAAGAAGCCAAAGGAGCAGUCUAGCGAGUCCUUUGCAGAGCUCACGAUUAGGAAGAAAACCGCUAACUCUCUCAAAGUGGUCGCCAUAGGAAAUACAGGACACGAAACUUUUCACAAGAGAAGCAGAAAGGUGUGGGACCGAGUCAAGAGCUUGCUAAGAGCUGAUGAAUUUAUGGCCACGGUGGAGGCAAUGAAGCAGUGGCAUCAGAGGGAAGGCACAGAUAUUGCAUUAGGGAUAGGCGACUUUCUCAGUGAGCCUGGCAUGCUCUCCGUCAGAGAGCCGGCGUUCAGGGAGAAGUGGCACGAUGUCUUCGUCAAGGAAGCGGGAUUGAAUAUUCCGUGGUAUAUGGUGAACGGCGAAGCAGAAUCUAUUCUAACCCCAUCGGCUUCUUAUCGGUACCAUUAUACGAGGCAGGACGUGAACUCUCACAAACCAGACUGGCUACACAAGGCCGUCAUUACGAUGGUCGCCAAUCUUACGAAGGCAGAUGGGGGAGCCGAAGACCAGGAAUUCACUGUUCACCUUAUUUCUAUCGAUACCUGGGCUCUCUUUGGCGGAACACCAUUCUAUGAUAACUUGGGGCACUACCAGGAUAACAUGAUUGCGCUCAGCAAUGCGUUGUUCCAUUCUGCAAAAUCAAAGGCAGACUGGAUUAUCGUGCAGGGUCACUAUCCUUUAACAUCUACUGCACCAGAAGCCGAAGAGGCUCGCUUCUCGUACAUUGAUGACAUGGUGAAGAACGGCCGACCCAGGGGCCCUGAACACCGGCUUGUUGAGUUGUUGACUGCCUACCAAGUAGAUGCUUACGUAUCAGCCCACGACCAUGCUCUGGAGUAUCUGACAAUGUCCGACUUGGAUAAAAACAGCACUCUUGCAUUCAUCACCAGUGGAGGCGGAACACGCAUCAUGAGUGGUAUUUUAGGGAGAGGCUGGAUGGGGGUCAUCCGGGGCAAACUCUUCCCAGUUCUCUGCUGGUCGGGUAAAAGGAUUUUCUACAAACUUGACCCCGGUGGUUGCAAGCCGUCAGAAAAGGAUCAGGCGCUAGCGUACAAAUUUUACGCACCACAAGGGCCCAAUUGGAAGAUUAGUGUGAAGGAACGGAUCUUGAACACUGUGGGCUUCGCUUCAAUGAAGAUAACGAAGGACUUUCUCAUUGUUGAUUUCAUAGAUAGCAGAACCGGCAAAAGAACUGGGAGAAAGCUACACAAACAGACUAAUAGAGAUGCACGUGCCAUCAAAUUCAUUGACUUCUGGGAAGAUGCUGAUUUGAAGUAUAAGGAACUCGAAAUUGAUCAUGCAGCAUUUGAAGAAGAAAACCGCGAAAGAGUGGCAAGUGAAAUUGCGUUUCAAACGAGGACCCCAAUUCUGUCAGAGAGGGUGAGGCUUUACGAGAAGGAGCUUGUCAACAUGUACAACGAAUACCAGCAGCUGAAAACUAAGAAGGCAAUGUAUGAGACCCUCACUGCUCAGAAAGCUGCGGCACUUGAAGCACAGGGGGAGAACUUGAGAGAAUCAGCACUUAGCGAGGGUAUGUAUGAGCAGACUGAGCGAAUCAUGGAGCUUAUGUACGUUAUCGCUGCUGAUCACACAUACCUGUGGUCCAGGUACGAAGCCUUGAAAGCACAGAGAAAGCUCCUUCCUGCUCAUGACAACCAGCAAGCAGAGGCAGUGCUCAAACUAGAAAAAAGGCUUGCUGAGGUCAAGAAAGAGAGAAGAGACAUACAUAAGAAAUGCAUUGAACAGGGAUAUUCCCCAAACGCGACUGAUGCGGAGCAGAUUAGGGAGCUGGCUAUGAAAGCACGUAUCUUGAAGAACGACAUUCAAGAGCUUGAAAGCCAGAUGGACAAACAAGCUCAGGAAGGAGCCCCAGCACAGAAACCAGCAGACGAAGAGACCGUGGACGAAGUUGAAAUCAAACCUGUUAACAUGACAUUAGAGGCAAGGAUUGAGAGGAGGAAGAAGCAGCUUGCAGAUCACAAGAGCAUAAUGGAGGAGGUUGAGAAGCUUCCUGCCGGAGAAAAAGAAAAGCUCAGGAGUCACCUUGAUAUGAUGCAGAACCAAAAGAAUAAAUUGAUGGUGGAGAUAGAAAAGCUCGAAAGUAUUCUCAGCAGGAAGGGGUGGGCGGCCGACAGGAGGCCGUCGGAACUAUGGGAGCAGCGGUUAAAGCAGUUUGAUCUGGAGCAAACUUUGAAGCAGCUGCGUGCAUACAAAGCUUCUAUCAUUGGCCUUCCCAAGUCGCAGACAAGAGCCAAAGACCUGAGUGGCGGAGUCAUCAACAUCGAUUUGCAAAUAUUAGAGCUGGAGGAACAGCUGUCGGAUCUGAGUGAUGAGCUGCUCGGCACAGAAGAGACACCGCUGCAGGCACGAUUCAAGCAGGAAAUAACAAAGUUGCGGGAACUAAACGUGCUGGCAGAAAGCAGGGCGACGCUCCCGCCAGAGAUGCUGGAAGAUCCGGUGGUGAGGAAGACUUUAGAGGACGUUGAGCAAAAAUUAGUUGUAAUACAGCAAAAUGUCGAAGUCAUAGAUGAAGAGAUGCGAAGGGAACUGAGUGCUCAAGAUGAAGCAUGGAUCAAACGGAUGAUUGUUAGAGGGGCAGACAUGAAGGAGCUAGCCGAGGAGUUCUCUAUUGACAUUCAGGCUGUAGUUGAAGAAGACGAAAAGGCACGGAGAGAAGAUCCGCAGAGACAGCUCACUUGGCUAGCUGAGCAAGAGUGGAUAGUGCGGCAGCGGCUUGCGAGGUACGCGAAACUGCCCCCGAACCAGGCAGAGAGGUAUGUCGAGGAGAGAACGCGCCUGCAAGCCAGGCUUACUGAGCUCUUACGGCUGAAAGAUGAAGCCGAAGGAGCCCUGGCGGCCAAACAAGCGGCGGAUACGCAGGAAGACACGGCAGCACACGCAGAGCAGAAGGAACAAAAGGAGGACACCGACGACGAAGCGAGUGAAAAGAUACAAGGGCAAAAUGAAUCAAGCGAAGAGGAAGUAAGCGAGGAGGCAGUAGACGGGUUAGAGGAAGAAUUGCUGUUUUCAGAUGCACAGGAGGUGGAGGAGGACGGGGAUGUAUCGCCAGAUGGCGUGUCCGAGAAUGCAAGAAUUUCUCCAGAUACAUCAGAAACAACGUUGCAUGAGGCUGACGACUCCCUCCUGGACAGCAGAGGUUUUGCUGAUAGUCCCGGCGGCAAGGAAUCCUCAAAGGAAGGUGGUAACGAAGUGAACGGAGCAGAAGAGGAAGGUCUGCAGCAACGUCGCCUUGCUGAGUUGCUGGAAUGGUUCCAGCCAAAGAAAGAGGAGACUCCAGUGAAGGAGCUGCAAAAGAUCGACCUGGGACCGAAGGACCCUUGCGAAGGCGAUCCUAUGCUAUAUGUUGUGGUGAAGAAGGCCAUAAAUGCAGAAUAUGGCGCGCAGUUCGCGGAACGGUGCAAGAAGGUUUUCGCUUCCCGAGCUCACAGGGCACAGCGACGGUUUUUGGGUCUAGUGGACGACAGCGGAAAUCCUGGUUUUUAUAAUUGGCCGCAUAUACACAUUGUGAGGGGAUUCAAGUCUUUGUUUGGUACCACAAGGCUCGGUGCGUUUGCUGCGCUUAUGAAAAGUAUGAGAGAGAGAAUGGAGGACAUUAACAGCAAGAUCGGCGUUGCCACGUUCGAGGACAUACUGGAAUCAGAAGAAACACUUGAGCAGACGGACCUAGAAGAAUUUGUCGUGGUAGACGAAGACGCCGAUUAA